AUGAUCCCCAAGGAGCAGAAGGAGCCAGUGAUGGCUGCCAUGGGGGACCAAGCUGGACCAGUCCCUUUGCUGGACCUGGGCAAGAAGCUGAGCGUGCCCCAGGACUUAAUGAUGGAGGAGCUAUCGCUACGCAACAACCGAGGAUCCCUCCUCUUCCAGAAGAGGCAGCGCCGGGUGCAGAAAUUCACCUUUGAGCUGGCGGCCAGCCAGCGGGCGAUGGUGCCUGGAAGCGACCAAGGGAAGGGGACUGGAACAGCGGAGCCAGGGACGGUUGCCGACAGCCCAGAGUUGCAGACCUGCCGCUCGGAGCUCCACAUCUUCCCGACCUCCCCUGGGGACCCCGAGGACACCCAGGCUGAGGCUUCCAGGGCAGAGAGGGCCCCCAGCCCCAGCGCCCUGGCACCAGGCUAUGCUGAGCCACUCAAGAGCAUCCCACCAGAGAAGUUCAACCACACGGUCAUCCCCAAGGGCUACCAUUGCCCGUGGCAGGAGUUCAUCAGCUACCGAGACUACCAGAGCGAUGGCCGAAGGCACACCCCCAGCCCUGCCCAAUAUCGAAAUUUCAACAAGACCCCUGUGCCCUUUGGAGGAGCCCUGGUGGGGGACAGCACGCCCAGGGCAGGCACCCCCUUCCUCCCGGAGCUCACCAGUGGCUUGGAACUCCUCCGCCUCAGACCCAACUUCAACAGAGUGGCGCAGGGCUGGGUCCGCAACCUCCCAGAGUCCGAGGAGCUGUAG